CCGUUGUUGUUGACAACAGAAUUGGCGGGAGGAAUCGGCUGUAAUUUUUCACACACAUGUCAACAUUGCUUGUUACGACAUGUUAAGACUUGAUGUUUUGUGAUAUUAAUUUGUGUAAAAUUACGAAAUAAGGGAAAUAUUAACAAUGGAAGAAAAUACAACGAAUUAUUUGGAAGGAAUAGGACAAGCUGAAGAUUCUGGUUUUGCAAGUCUCGCCGGAACAGGAGAAAUCGGAAAGUCGUCACAUAAUUUUUAUUGUGAAGACAUCAAGCUCACCAAUCAGCCUAUAUUAAAUGAUACUGAAUUAGAUAAAGCCUCAAAAGGUUGGAAAUAUUCUGAAGCUAAACGUCAACUCGAUGAAGAAUAUAACAAAGAAAGGCAAGAGCUUCUUUAUAAACGAUUGAAACAUUUAGUAUCUAAAAGCAAAUUCUAUUCUAAAAUUAUUAUUGACAAAAUUGAUAAUCCAGAUAAACCUAAUUCUAACAGUGAACAGAAAAAUACCAGAAACAAUAGAAAAAAAACUUUCGAAACCGACACAGACGAAGAAUACAUCCCACCUAUUAAGAAAAAAAUAAAAAACGAUAAUAGUGGAUAUAAUUUAAGAGAGUCUAUACCUGUAAAAGGUGCAAAAAAGAAGAAGUUAAAUCUUAGCAAUGAUGAAAUAGAAAAGGAAUUGAAUGCAGAUUCAGAUGAAGAAACUCCGAGACAGACUGAAAACGUGGAUAUUUGUUUGAAGUAUUUCACUGGAGAAUUAAGAGAUUAUCAAAAAGUUGGUGUGAAAUGGUUGAUAAGUCUAUAUGAAAAUGGACUCAACGGAAUUCUCGCAGAUGAAAUGGGUUUAGGGAAAACCAUUCAAGUUAUAGCAAUGAUUUGUUAUUUGAUAGAAAAACGAGAAGCUGGUCCUUUUUUAAUAAUAGUUCCACUAUCUACAGCCCCAAAUUGGUUAUCAGAAUUUGAAAGAUUUGCUCCAGAGGUUCCAGUUAUUCUUCUUCAUGGAACUCCACAGAAAAGAGAUACAGCCAUUCGACAAAUGAACACUAAAAAGGCGUUAUCUAAUGGCUAUAAAACUUUACCUGUUAUUGUGACAACUUAUCAAGUUGCUUUAGCAGAUAUUCAUAGACUUCGUAAACAUAAUUGGAGAUAUAUUGUUAUUGAUGAAGGCCACAGAUUAAAAAAUCAUCAAGCUCAGUUAUCUCAAGCAGUAAGAACUUUAAAAUCAAUCAGUCGACUUAUUCUCACUGGAACACCAUUGCAGAAUAAUCUUGCUGAACUUUGGGCACUGUUAAAUUUUCUUAUGCCUGACAUUUUUGACGAUCUUGCUGUUUUCGAAUCAUGGUUUGAUGUUAAUGAACUUCAAAACACCAAAAAUGCUGAGAGAUUCUUAAAACAAGAAAAAGAAAAACAAGUAAUCGCUUGUUUACGAGAAAUUUUAAAACCUUUCAUGCUUAGACGUGAAAAAGAUGAUGUUUGUAAGGACAUUCCUAAGAAAAAAGAAGUACUUGUUUAUACACCAAUCUCAGAGUUGCAAAGAGAAUUAUAUUUGGCUGUCUUGAAAUUGGAUUAUGAGUUUCUUAGUAUGAAAGAAAAAAAAUCUGAAAUUAUUCCAGAUAAUCCUGAUGGUUCUAGGCCUAAAAGGAAGUGUACCAUUAAUUGUAAAUACAGCCAAAAUUAUUUUGAUCCAUUUGCAGUUUUAAAUCAAUCCUCAACGACAUUCAUUCCACGAAAUAAUUCAUCAAAUGAAAUUUUGACUGAACCAAUAAAAAAUAAAGAUCAACUCACUUUACCUACAUGGAAUCAAUUUGGCAAUAUUGAUGAUAGAAAUAUGAAUUAUAUAAUAAGAGUUCGCACUGGAUCGCGUGUGCCAAUUUAUAAACAAAUUAUCAGUCAUCCAUUCCUCAUUCGUUGUCCUUUAGAUGAUUGUGGAUUACCAACAAUUAAUGAACUUAUGGUAAAAGCAUCAGGAAAAUUGUUAGUGCUUGAUCUAAUGUUGAAAAAAUUAUAUCCUCGUGGACACAAAGUGUUACUAUUUUCAACAAUGACAGCACUGUUAGAUUUAGUAGCAGAUUAUUUGACUAUGCGUCCUUGGAAAUUUGUUCGACUAGAUGGUAGAAUACAUCUGGACGAACGAAGUACAAGCAUUGAGCAAUUUAAUAAUGAUCCAGAGACAUUUCUUUUUCUUAUAUCGACAAGAGCUGGAGGUGUUGGAUUAAAUCUUACAGCGGCGGAUACUGUAAUUAUAUAUGAUAGUGAUUGGAAUCCACAAGCUGACAUUCAAGCUAUGGCACGGUGUCAUAGAAUCGGCCAAACGCGACCAGUCGUUAUUUAUAGAUUAUGCAGUAAAGGAACCAUCGAUGAGACUAUAAUUACGAGAGCAGAGUCUAAGCGUAAACUAGAAAAAAUGGUUAUUUCUAAAGAGUUGGCAGACCUCAACUUUAAUAAAGCUGAAACAAUUUUGGAGCUACAAAAGCUCCUUGAAUCAACUGAACACAGCGUAAUCAAGUCUGAAAAUGAUGUAUAUUCUGAAGCUGAACUUGAUGCCUUACUUGAUAGGAGUGAUCUUUUACCAAAAAAUCAAACAGAAGACUGAUCUUCUCUAAUUACAUAAACACGUAAUUUAUAUUUUAAAAAAUUUAUCUAUUUUCGUAUUUUUACAGCCGUAUUUUCAUUUUUUUAAUUUAUUAUAUUUAUUGAGUUAUUGUUUAAUUGUCGGUUGAAUAAUGUUUUGGAUGAAUUUAGUGAAGUUUUGAUGAUCGUACGCGUACCGUUCCUUUUGUGUAAUUUGUAUUCUUGACCUUACAAGAAUUAGCUGAUUGCUCUUUGAAUUCCGAUUCUAAUUUUACAUAAGUGCCACCUACAUUAUCCAAAGCAAUAUUCAUAUUUAUAUUAUUUUAAUUUAUGCAGAGUACAAAUUAAAAUAAGUGAAAAUGUUUGAAAUAUUUGUUAUUAUUAUUAUUAGCAAAUAUUAGAUUAACUAUUAACUAAUUAUUUCUUAAAAAUUUGAUACCUAAUGGUUGAUUGUUCCAUACGUGAUUACUUUUAUAUGUUUUAAAGGCGUUAGACUCAAUUGAAGUUUUCUUAGUUAAAACAUUUAUCAUUUGUGUCAUCGCUUUUUCUUCAAAAUCUCUUUGAUUAUCUUGAUUGUAUUUAACUAAUAAGUUCAUGUUCCAAGAUCGAAUGCCAUUAUUCCUAACAGAUUUUAACGAAGUUAAUAAAAAUUUUUAAAGAUAUAUCAUCAUUAAAAAAUAUCUUGAUUAACAGAUGGAAACUGGAAUGCUUACAUGAUUGAAAAUAUUUAAAAAAAAGUUUUGC